CCUCGAGAUAUCGACAUCCUCGUCCCCGAACAUCUACCUCACCACGCCACCCACCCGACUCUCCUCUUCUUUCACUCAAGAGCUAGACUCUAGAUCAACUUACCUUACACUCCCCAAAACUCCCUUCAAAACCGCGGCAGAGAUUUCUCUUGUUCCGACAAAACUAGGAUCAAGCGAGACCUCUACAUACAAAAACAGAAAUAAUUGCAAUCAUGGCUGACACUACCAAAGAAGUACCCCCCGCCGCCACCGGUUCCGGUGAGACCUCCGGGUUGCAAAUCGAUGAGGCUCUCAUCGAGUCCAACUGGGACACCGUCACCGACAACUUCGACAACAUGGAGCUCAAGCCCGAGCUUCUCCGAGGUAUCUACGCUUACGGUUUCGAGCGACCUUCGGCCAUUCAGGAGCGAGCUAUCAUGCCCAUCAUCACUGGUCGAGACGUUAUCGCCCAGGCUCAGUCGGGUACCGGAAAGACCGCUACUUUCACCAUCUCGAUCUUGCAGAGGAUCGACAUGGCCCUCCGAGAGCCCCAGGCUUUGAUCUUGGCCCCCACCCGAGAACUCGCCCAGCAGAUCCAAAAGGUCGUCAUCGCCCUCGGUGACUACAUGAACGUCGACUGCCACGCCUGUGUCGGUGGAACUUCGAUCAAGGAGGAUAUCGCCAAGUUGCAGGCUGGACCUCACGUUAUCGUCGGUACUCCCGGUCGUGUCUUUGACAUGAUCAACCGACGAUUCUUGAAGACCGACCACAUCAAGGUCUUUGCCCUCGACGAGGCCGACGAGAUGCUCUCCAAGGGUUUCGCCGAGAACAUGUACGACAUCUUCCAGCUCCUCCCCGCCGAGACCCAGGUCGUCCUCCUCUCGGCCACCAUGCCCAACGACGUGCUCGAGGUCACCAAGAAGUUCAUGAGGGACCCCAUCAGGAUCUUGGUCAAGAAGGAAGAGUUGACCUUGGAAGGUAUCAGGCAGUUCUACAUUGCCGUCGAGAAGGAGGACUGGAAGUUGGACACCUUGUGUGAUCUUUACGAGACCGUCACCAUCACCCAGGCCGUCAUCUUCUGCUCGACCAGGAGAAAGGUCGACUGGUUGACCGAGAAGCUCCACUCGAGGGAGUUCACCGUUUCCGCCAUGCACGGAGACAUGGAGAUGCAGGCCCGAGAGGUCGUCAUGAAGGAGUUCCGAUCCGGUUCUUCCCGAGUCCUCAUCGCCACCGACCUUUUGGCCCGUGGUAUCGACGUCCAGCAAGUCUCGUUGGUCAUCAACUACGACUUGCCCUCGAGCAAGGAGAACUACGUCCACCGAAUCGGUCGAGGAGGUCGAUUCGGCCGAAAGGGUGUUGCUAUCAACUUCGUCACCACCGAGGACGUCAAGAUGUUGAGGGAGAUCGAGCAGUUCUACAACACCGAGAUCAGCGAGAUGCCCCUCAACGUCGCCGACCUCAUCUAAGUCGGUCGACUACCUCCCCCCAAAAGAUCCUCUCCAUCCGCCUUUCCCUUUCACAACCUUUCCUCAUUUCGCCCCACACACCUUGUUCUCUGACCCCCCCGCUGGAGACCUCUUUCAAAACUCGAUCUGUUUCCUUUUACCCCCUUCCCACCUUUUCAUUACCCCCUCGCUUAGUUGUUUGGGAUGUACGACUAUGAUAGAUUGAUCAAGCAUUCUCAUUCUAUUCGCUCAAAUCGAUUGAGGACUAGCUGGACUAGAAAGGUUUCGAUACGUCGUUUUGAGUUUAUUGGAACUGUCAAUGGAAUCGCUUGCCAGCG